AUGCCGCUCUGUCUCACCUUCAUCUACUUGAAGAAGGCCUUCGACUCAGUUGAGACGGAAGCGGUCGUGGAAGCCUUGGAGAACCAAGGCGUCCCUACUCAGUACAUAAAGGGAGUCCGACAGGGUGAUACAAUCUCACCCAAAAUAUUCACAGCCACCCUCGAGAACGCAAUGCGAAAGUUGGAAUGGGACGACAUGGGAGUGAAGGUCGACAGUCGGCAGGUACACCAUUUGCGCUUUGCUGAUGACAUCGUACUGAUAACACCUAGCAUCAGCCAAGUGGAACGAAUGCUGAACGAAUUCGACGAAACAUGUGGAUGCAUCUGUCUUCAGCUGAAUCUAGACAAGACGAUGUUCAUGCGGAACGGAUGGGUCACGAAUGCCCCAUUCACGCUCAACGGAACGGACAUAUCCGAAUGCACCAGCUACGUCUAUCUAGGUAGGGAAUUGAACAUGAUGGACAACCUGACCCCCGAGCUGGGCUGGAGGAGACGAGCGGCUUGGGGAGCGUACAAGAGCAUCGAGAAUGUAAUGAAGAAGACCAGGAACACCCGACUCCGUGCUCACCUUUUCAACACCACCGUACUUCCUGCUUUGACCUAUGCUUCGGAAACCUGGGCAUUUCGCAAACAAGAAGAAAACGCGGUGAGCGUCAUUGAACGCGUAAUUGAGAGAGUGAUGCUAGGAGUAUCCCGUUUCACGCAAGUGAGGGACGGGAUUCGAAGUUCUCUCCUAUGUCAGCGAUCGAAGAUUAGAGACGCCGCCGCGUUUGCCAAGGAAGACCGCCGACCCGAUGGUCAGAUUUCUUCACGGAGUCCUUCAAAGAAAGGUAUGAUGCUCUUCGUGUCCCACGCGAAGGAGGAACCACUGGGCUACUCUGGCACGCGACCGGGACAAAUGAAAGAAUUACUGGCGCCCGCUCGACCAGUUCAAAGAUCAACGGGAGUCAAGGUGAUCAAGGUAGAAAGUAUUUUGUGGAUCAUGCCAUCUAUCGCCAAUCGCGUGCCACCAAGGCGUACUGCGACGGCGUGGCUCUACCUGCUAUAUUGUGGUGCACAUGCCCUUUGCCAAGAUACUAUACUUUCCCAGCACGUGUUUUGCACGUGCGCAUUACAUCCAUCAACUCGCGAUACACAACACAACACCACUGCAUGCACACCAGGCGAAUUCAAAGGCGAUAUUAAUACCGACACAGCGAGCCAACUGUAUUACGAAAUCAUUUCGAAACGAAAGUAG